UCGCGUUUCCGUCCGGGAGCGGCGCCGUGUGGUGGAGGAAGGUGUCCCGGGACCGUCGGGAGCAGGCUCAGCAGAGGAGGAGUGUCCAUAAGGAGAGUUUCACCUUCUUGAAGAUUAAAGCCUAGCAGUUCUGAGCUAUUCCCAGUCCAAAUGUCUGCAAAAUUGAGAGAGACAUCAAAACUCCUUACACAAACUUCAGGAGACCCUGACUGCAUUCUGGUAAUGAAGGUGGAAGAGGGAGGGCAGGCCUGUAAUAUGGUCUCCAGCCGCCACUGGAGCAGCUACUACCGCUCAGAGACCUACCGCCAGCGGUUCAGGCAGUUUGACUACCAGGAGUCACCUGGGCCCCGGGAGGCUCUGAGCCGGCUCCGCGAGCUUUGCUGUCAGUGGCUGAGGCCAGAGGUGCACAGCAAGGAGCAGAUCCUGGAGCUGCUGGUGCUGGAGCAGUUCCUGGCCAUGUUGCCUGAGAAGCUGCAGGCUUGGUUUCAAGAGAACCGACCAGAGAGUGGAGAGGAAGCCGUGGUGAUGCUGGAGGAGCUGGAGAAAGAGCAUGACAGGGCGGCUGAACAGGUCUUUCUUGGACGAAAUGAGGACAUGCUUGCAAAGAAGCUACCAACUUGUGAAAUCACUCAGGAGACACCACAUAGCCAGCUUAAGCCCACAAAAAAGCAACUGCAGUGGGCAUCGAAGGAGCUUCACACCUUAAGACAAAAUGAUAGAGACACCGGAACUAUAAAUGUGAAAUCAGCUUCAAGGCGAAAGACUUCUUCAGGCAAAGAACUGCAUUACAAAGUUUCUAACACUCUUCAGAUGAAUGCUUCCCAGAGUUUCACAUUUAGAGGAACCUGUGAACAAGAUAGAAAGUUUGAAAGAAGACAGGGAAACCGUCCUCGAAAAAAACAACACAAGUGUGAUGAAUGUGGGAAAGUCUUUAGUCAGAGCUCAGCCCUUAAUCUACAUCAGAGGAUCCACAAUGGAGAGAAACCUUAUACAUGUGACGUGUGUGCAAAGUCUUUCAGCCGAAGUGCAAUCCUGAUUCAACAUCGAAGAAUCCACACAGAUUCAAAAUAUGAGAAUAGGAUUGAGGAGACCCAAAAGAAUAUGUACCUCAAGACCUAAGCUGAAAUGUCCAGGGUCAUUGUUAGGAAGCAGAUGAGUAAAGGGACUUUACUCAUCUCUUACGAAAACCAGAGAACCUACAUACUGUUUUGUUUCAAUUUUUAAAAUUGAGGUAUAGUUGAUGUAUAAUAUCAUCUAUAUAUACUGUUGAUGAUACUAAGUAAUUUCCUGUGUAGGAAAAAAGAAUUAUCUCCUUUACAAUUUAUAUUGGAAAUAUCUCAGUGAAAGCAUUAAGAUUUGCUCUACAUGUCUUCAGGAAGUGGCCUAAAUAUGAUGAGUGUUCUAAUAAUGAACAGUUAUCUGUGGGUGCUUAUAUAAAGUUGAUGAUCACCUUAACAUAAAGAAAUAAGGAAGAUGAAGAAAAGACUGUCCAAACAAGACUGAUGUUACCUGGUAAGUGCAGCACAUAAUGGAGAAGCGUACUUACCUGGAAAUGGAAACCGUUAACAGCUGAUGACUGUCCUUCAGAGUUCUUCAUGGCCUCUGUUCUGGCAUAAAUCAGCUGUGAACAUGUUUCAGGCAUCACAGGACAACCUUUUCAGGGUCUUAUGCAUUCUUAGUAAAUGAGUUUCUAGACAAUUUAUCAUGAUGUUAAGAUUGGAUUUUGAUACUCUUGUACAAAUGAGAGAAUCACUAAAGUUCAAUUCAAAGAGUCCAUUGAGUUUAACCCACAUUUAAUUCAAUCAGAUUCUCUUGUUUAAAAAGUAAAUGACUGGUAUUUUUUUAAAGUAUUCUGACAAUAUAUAACAUAAUGUCCCCCUUUCCAGGGAUUCUUAAUAAAACUCUGU